CAGAUUACAACUGUACAGGUCUAGAAUUUAUCAUUUUUAUGUUAUGUAAGGGAUCCUAGCUCUCUGUGUUGCAAUAUCGUUAGCAGAAUUAGCAAAAUUAUGGGGUUACUUAGCAGAAAAGGGCCAUCUGGGUUCUCAGCCUCUUCCACAGCAGAGGAAGUUACUAAAGGGAUUCAUGGAACUGGUCUUACUGCGAUUGUUACAGGAGCCACAAGUGGUCUUGGUUUAGAGACAUCACGCGUUCUUGCAUUGCGGGGUGUCCAUGUAGUUAUGGCAGUAAGAAAUACGAGUGCAGGGAAAAAUGUCAAAGAAGCAAUUCUUACAGAAAUCGCCAAUGCUAGAGUUGAUGUUAUGGAAUUAGAUCUGAGCUCAUUGGCAUCUGUCAGAAAGUUUGGAGAAGAUUAUAUUUCCUUGGGCCUUCCAUUGAACAUCCUUAUUAAUAAUGCAGGAGUUGUGACACCAUUCAAGCUUUCUCGAGACAACAUAGAACUCCAUUUCGCAACUAAUCACUUAGUUAAACCAUGCAUCCAAUGUGCAGGGCACUUUCUUCUCACAAAUCUUUUGUUGGAGACCAUGAAACACACAUCGCGAGCAAGCAACAGAGAGGGAAGAAUUGUUAACUUAUCAUCAACGCUCCAUCAAUAUGUGUAUCGUGAAGGAAUUCGUUUUGAUAAAAUUAAUGAAGAAUCAAGCUACUACAAAUAUUUUGCCUAUGGACAAUCCAAGCUUGCUAAUAUAUUACAUGCUAAUGAGCUUACAAGGCGUCUGAAGGAAGAAGGGGCGGAGAUAACUGCUAAUUCUCUUCAUCCUGGAUAUAUACAAACCAAUAUUGUGCGCAUUGAAUAUGGCAUUUUGUAUUAUAUUGCGAAGGUGCUGAGUGUAUUUAUCAUUCCGUUCAUGAAAUCUAUUCAGCAGGGCGCAGCAACCACAUGCUUUGUGGCACUCCAUCCACAAGUCAAGGGAGUAAGCGGCGAAUAUUUUGCAGACUGCAACAUUGCCAAACCGAGCGAUCAGGCCAAAGAUGCAGAUUUGGCUGCCAAACUUUGGGAUUUUAGCUUGAGCUUGACUAGUCUCAAGUAGACAUGUUACAGCAAUGGAAGUUUUCCUCAAUGAAAAUUUGUAAUCAAAUCAUGCGUGAAAUUAAAGCUAUGAAAAUCAAUGAACGAAACUAAUCAUGAUCAAAUUAGACUUGUAGAAUGAAAAUUUUAAAAUAGAUCUAAGAUUUUAAGACGUAAAAAUAAAGAGCAAAGAUAUUCUGUCAGGCUAUGGAUGUAGAAUGAAAGAAAACAUAUGGGUGGGUGUUUUCUAAUAUUGCAAAUU